AUGGUCCAAAUCAACCCUGAUCAAAACCCGCUAGAUCCCAACUACGAAAAGCGCCGCAGCUCUCUUGGAAACAUGGAGCAUUCGCAGCAAGCCCAAUCCGCCAAAAAUGAGAACAUCAUGGUGGACAGAGAGGUUGCCCCAUCAUCACGCGCAAUGUGCAAUGAACUUGCACACCAACAUGCCACAGAAGAUCUACACAAAAGUACAGAGCGCCGCCGCUCAUCACAAGACGUAGACCACAACUCCUUCCUCUCUGAUCUAAGUACGGACCGUGGACUCCAAGAGCACCCUGAACAAAUUGGAGAAUAA